GUUAUAUAGAAACAGACAUCCUCUGGCAAAACUACUGAGUUCUUUGCCUCCUUUCUGUGGUUCUUUUUUUUGGAUUCUUUUGAAGGUUUGUUUUUUACUGCAGGGUUUGGUUUGUUUUGAUGAAUAAUAUAGGUCGUUUUGGCGUGCUCUUCUAAAAGGAAGGUUUGUUUCAGCAAAAGAUAAGCAGAAAAAAAAGAAAAAGACUACUUGUGUGUUAAAACAAGUGUUUUUCGCUUCUUUUCUUGUAUAUAAUCUUUCGCUUUUUAUUGCUUCAACUCAACUGAAUCCCCUGAGCCUCUAGUUUCUCAAAUGGAUGGACAACUCUCUGUUCUUGAAUUUGUAUUGUUGGAAAUGAGCCUGUAAUUUUGUAUGAAAAAGAAAUCAGAGAAGGAGGUGGUUUUUUAUCGAUAAAAGUUGCAGAGAAAUAUCUUGAGAAAUGGCUAGUAAUCCAUCAUCAGAAAUGCAAGAACCGAGCAUCGAUACGGAUAAGUUGAGCUACGAGAUAUUUUCAAUCUUGGAAAGCAAGUUUCUGUUUGGUUACGACGAUCAAAAGCUUUGGAUUCCCAAACAGAUCUCUCCGGCGCCGUUGGAAGCCAAAACCGAGAGCUUAAACGCGCAACAAAGUUCUGAAUUAAACGGCGUGUCUUCUAUCAAGAACCAGCGAGGCAAAAUUUGUAUACUCAGCAUUGACGGCGGCGGCAUGCGUGGCAUUCUUCCCGGUAAAGCUUUAGCUUAUCUUGAACACGCGCUCAAGUCCAAGUCCGGCAAUCCAAACGCCCGAAUCGCCGAUUAUUUCGACGUUGCGGCCGGUACCGGAGUCGGCGGUAUCUUCACGACCAUGCUUUUCGCCACCAACGACAACAGUCGCCCGAUUUUUAAAGCUGAAGACACGUGGCACUUUCUUGCCAACCAGGGCAAGAGAAUUUACCGGUCAUCCUCUGAUUCUAAUUCAGGAAAUUUUAUCAAACGAAUUUUUAAAAACGGUUCAAGUUCCGCUUCAGCUUCCGCCGGUUUGGAGAAAGCCAUGAAAGAGAUGUUCGCUGAUAGCGGCCGUAACUUAACUCUGAGGGAUACGUUGAAACCGGUUCUCAUCCCGUGUUAUGAUCUUUCCAGUACGGCGCCAUUUUUAUUUUCCAGAGCGGACGCGCUUGAAACUGAGAGUUUUGAUUUCAGACUCUGGGAAGUAUGUCGCGCCACGUCGGCUGAACCGGGCUUAUUCGAACCGGUUUUAAUGAGGUCCGUUGAUGGCCAGACGAGGUGUGUUGCGGUUGACGGCGGUCUAGCCAUGAGCAACCCAACGGCGGCGGCGAUCACGCACGUCUUACACAACAAACAAGAGUUUCCAUUUGUGCGAGGCGUUGAGGAUUUGCUGGUGUUAUCGUUGGGAACGGGUCAGCUACUUGAGGUUAGUUACGAGUACGACCAGGUCAAGAAUUGGAAAGUCAAAGAUUGGGCUCGACCCAUGGCUCGAAUUUCUGGUGACGGCUCCGCGGACUCGGUGGACCAGGCUGUGGCCAUGGCGUUUGGUCAGUGUACAAGCAGUAGUAAUUAUGUCCGUAUCCAGGCAAAUGGGUCCAGUGUGGCCCCGUGCGGACCUAAUGUUGAUACAGACCCUAGUCCCAGCAAUGUAAAGAUGCUGGUGGGAAUAGCAGAGGAAAUGCUGAAGCAGAAAAACGUUGAAUCAGUGCUGUUUGGAGGUAAAAGGAUUGCUGAGCAAAGCAAUUUCGAGAAACUCGAUUGGUUCGCCAAUGAACUUGUGCUUGAGCAUCAGAGGAGGAGUUGCAGAAUAGCUCCCACUGUUGCUUUCAAGCAAGCCACUCCCAAACCCACCUAGACUUUAUUGCAAAAGGGUAAAAAAAAAAAAAGAUGUCAAAAAAAAAAAAAAAGAGAGAAAGAAAUGAAGAAGAAAAUAGCAGGCUUUUACUAUUGAAAGAGAUGAUAGACAAAGAAGAGUUCCAAAACCUGAGUGAAAAGGACUAGUAGUAAUGUAAAAAGGGUGGAAGAUCUCAGUGGGAUACUUUGCCUACCAUAGGACAAGCGUGGUGGUGUCCACUCCACCUUUUGACAAUGGCAAGAAAACAAGAAACAAAAGCAAAGUUUUUUAAGCUAAUCAAUCAGCUUUUUGAAGGUCAAACAAACACCCAGGUGUGACUCUUAUCAUUUCACUUCAACAAUGAAUUAUUUUUAGGGUGGUGGGAAAUAAUUAAAUUAAACUGUUUCUAUUACUUCCCAUUCCCUACCUUUUUUAUUUAUCUUUUUUUUUCUUUCCUAAUUUAGUCUUCUGUUUCUUCAUGUGGAUGGUGAAAAAAAUAUAUAGUCAAAAGUUGUUUGGAAGAAGGGUUCCUUUUGUUCCCUUGAAUUUAGAAAAUGUAGUAGUAAUUUAUGCAAACUGACCAGUAUUGGAGAUUGA